AGGCACAGUGGCGAGCUUGCAAAGAAACUUUUAAGGAUGCCUGAGCCAGCGAAAUCCGCUCCAGCACCGAAGAAGGGCUCCAAGAAAGCUGUCACCAAGACGCAGAAGAAGGGCGAUAAGAAGCGCAAGAGAGCGAGGAAGGAGAGCUACUCGAUCUACGUGUACAAGGUGCUGAAGCAGGUGCACCCCGACACGGGCAUCUCGUCCAAGGCCAUGAGCAUCAUGAACUCCUUCGUCAACGACAUCUUCGAGCGCAUCGCCGGCGAGGCCUCGCGCCUGGCGCACUACAACAAGCGCUCCCCCAUCACCUCGCGGGAGAUCCAGACGGCCGUGCGGCUCCUGCUGCCCGGCGAGCUGGCCAAGCACGCCGUCUCCGAGGGCACCAAGGCUGUCACCAAGUACACCAGCUCCAAAUGA